ACCUGAUGUCACCGUCACGCUGUGUCCCCGUCUUCAGCCCCUUUGGACUGGCCAGCGCCUCGUGGGGGUCCUAUUGUCGCUCCUUCCGCCACGGACCAUCUUCUGGCAAAACGACCGGGUACAACGGAGGGACAACGGCCACACGUCGGGAGAUUGCUACCGCUGGACGUUUAUGCCACCAGCACAGGUCGACGCACGCACACGCACACGCCUGACCGCAGAAGCAGCGCAUUCUGCUAUCUUGCCAGCUCGAAGCAACGGGCAUAUACACGUAUACGCGCUCACGACCCCGACAUCUCCACCGUCCGCCUUCGCUUCUGACUCGAAUCCCCGUCCUCGUUCAUGGGCCAGAGCUCUUCGAGAGCGAAAGAUCCGACGCGCUCUCCGCCGCCUAACUCGACCUCCGCGGCGCGCGCGCGCUCGGACCUCAUCGACCGCCAAAUCGCGCUUGACUCGAAGCGGUACAAGAAGGAAUGCAAGAUCUUGCUGCUCGGGUCGGGCGAGUCCGGCAAGUCGACGAUUGUGAAGCAGAUGAAGAUCAUCCACCAGGAAGGUUUCGACGAGCGCGAGCGGCGGGAGUUCCGUGCCAUUGUGUAUAGGAACGUGCUGGAUAGCGUGCGCACGUUGGCGCGGGUCGUGCGGCGAGUUGGAGUGGAUGCGUUUGCUAUGGUGGAUAUGGCGUUGGGUGAGGGCCAGAGGGACGGCGGUGGUGACGGAAGGGCUUGGGCGGAGAUGAUACUGGAUGCUUUUCCAGCUCCAGCCGACUUCGAUGCGUUAUAUCAUGGCGAAGACGAAGCGUCUACUGUUGGGCACGGCUCGCUUGACGUGGGCAUCGAUCCCAUACCCUGGACACGGAAUGACGAGGAGCGACGGCCAUCCGCAGCGGAAAUGAUACUGGGACGAAGGCCUUCGUCAACUGACGUUGUGCCCGCCGAUGCCGCCGAAGUCUUCGCACAGACGCACGCAGUGCUGACGCCUCUGCUGGCAGAUGCGAUACAUUACAUCGCACGACACCCGGUCGUAGAGAAGGUGGUGGACGAGAACCCGGCCGAUUUCUAUCUCAUGGACAGCGCCACUUACUUCUUUUCCUCUAUCCACAGAAUAGCACAAGCUACAUACGUACCUUCAGAAGAAGAUGUGCUCAGGGCUAGGCUGAAGAGUACUGCUAUCAUUGAGACUCGGUUCAUGAUGGGUGACCUAUCGAUACACAUGUUUGACGUCGGUGGACAACGUUCUGAACGGAAAAAGUGGAUUCACUGCUUUGAAAGCGUCACCAGCAUCAUUUUCUGCACAGCACUGAGCGAAUACGACCAGGUUCUAGAGGAAGAACGUCGGGUGAACCGCAUGCACGAAUCGCUAUACCUCUUCGAGUCUGUGAUCAACUCACGCUGGUUCCUGCGCACCAGCGUGAUCCUGUUCCUAAACAAAAUCGACGUCUUCAAACGCAAGCUGCCGAAGAUACCCCUGGGACGGUACUUUCCUGAAUAUGCGGGCGGCAACGACCUUCAGAAAGCUGCCAAGUACAUUCUCUGGAAGUUCAUGCAAGAGAACCGGGCGAAGCUCACGGUCUAUCCACAUGUUACACAAGCAACGAAUACGAAGAACAUCCGGCUCGUCUUCGUCGCUGUGAAAGAAACUAUCCUCCAAAACGCACUCAAGGACUCGGGCAUCUUAUAACGAGCUUGACACCCACUUGACAACGCUCAUAUGCGGAUCCCCACACCAGGGGUAGUUCUACCGGGCAUGCCACCAGCAAUUGCCCCUCUCGAUCUGAGCACGACCGGUUUUCGAUGCCGGUCAGAGCCCCCGUGCCCUCUUAUCGGUCUGGAUGCUACUGCAACCAACAGCUGCCCCCAAAAGCCAUUCGCCAUCCACCACCAUACCUAUCUUAUAUCCGGAUAUCUCACCACUUAUCGCCACGCGUGUGGGCAUGCCUCCGUGCUUGCUUCCGUCGUACUUAGACUUUUGCUCCUCGAUUACUCAUUAGGGAUACUUACUAUCAUGCGGUUCACUGUCCCUGCGCUCAGCAGUUGGAUAUCUUCUCUUGUGUAUGUUGUAUGUAUCAUUUAGAGAAUCUGAUGGUCUGCACACUA